UCGAGUUCAAACCUAAUUAAGCUAUGUGCGAGAGAGUGGAGCGAAAAUCUCCGUGCCUCACAGUGCGCCACGUGUCAUCAACUGGAAGCGGAUCUUUUUUUAUCAAAGUGUCUCACAGUGUAAAACCACGUCAGUGCUCAGUUGUGGCGAAAAGCGCCUCCACACUCGAUCACGCCGUUGGAUCGUCGUCACGUGUUGAUGAUGACCUGUCAAUCAUCGAUGAGCUCCAGCCCGCCUAUCUGGUAUAAGUCAUCGAUCUGGCGAUGGUCUGUAUUACAAAGCUGAUGACGCGGCGCCCCCCACGUGUCCUCUUUCCCGCCAAUUUCGAGAGGACCCGUGGACAUGGAGAUGCAGGGAGAAGAGACGGAGAAGUUUCUCGCCAAUUUCGAGAGCAAGCGCUCGACGGCUGUGGGUGUUGAUGUUCCGGCUGUGGAGCCGCCACGUGGCAGCUGCUCAUUGCGCUUACAAUCUGUUCUGCUGACCUUGAGGCGGGAAAAAGUGAACUGUGCCUUGUGGCUGGAAAAUGCGGAGAAGCGGGAAGGGUUUCAUUAUCGUCGGGAAAGCAUGGGGGGGGGUGUGAUCGGCGGAGGGGGGGUGAUCAGAGGGGGGGGGGUCAUCAGAUGCUGGAGAAAUAACUGUACCAUGAUUGCAGUAGGCAUUUGGGUGUUGCUUGCUGUAGGAGUGGUCAGCGAUGGUGGUGAAGGAGGGAGGAGCUCGAAAGAGAAAGAUGUGGAGGCCGCCAUGGCUGCAGAUAUGCGUCCGGUUUGGUUUGAUCGACUGACAGAUACGAAUUUCACACAGGAUGUCAGGAUGCAUGAAAACGUGUUAUGCCUGCUCACGGUUCCUUGGUGUGGGUUAUCCAGGCGAGUGAUUCGUGACAUUGAGCGAGAAGUAGGUAAUUCUCCGGACCUCUACCCUAAUUUAACGCUGCGGUAUGUCUAUGCACAUCGAGAUAAAGGCGCAGCCAGCGCUUUGGGGACCACAGAGUGGCCAAGUGUUUUCCUCAUUCGCCAAGGACAGCACUACCCUCACACCGGAAGAAUGACAGCAAGGGCCAUCCUUGCUGGAAUUCGCCGUGUGCUCUCCAGGAAUGAUGGGGAAUCCGGCCUGCUGCACAGAAUAAGCUCCAUCAAGGACUGGCUAGCGUUUAUCGAUGCAGUGGACAAGUCGAUCGUCUUGUUUGACAACUGCCGGUCUGGUGAGUUGGUGCAGUUGCAAUCUCAGCAGCAACAGCAAGAGAAGGAAGAGGAGGAAGAGGUAGAGGAGGAGCAGAAAGAGCAAGGGGAAGAAGAGGAGGAGGAGGAGGAGGAGCAGGAGGAGGAGGAGCAGGAGGAGGAGGAGGACAAGGGGGAGGAAAAGAAGGGAAUCCAUGAGAAGGGUGUGGAGAAGAAGGGGGAGGAGGAGAAGGGGGUGGAGGAGGAGGGGGAGAGAGAGGAGAUGAGAGGAAGAAAUGUAGAAAGUGAGGUCUUGGAAGCAGGAGUUGUACGAGAAGAAGGUGAUGCGAAGGUGUGCGGUCGAGGUAUUCAACCUGCGAAGAACAUGUGGAUGGCUGUAAAUGAGAGGCAUGGGCGAAGGGGUGUGCGUGACUGGAGGAGGAAUUUGGUUAUAUUUCCAUACGGGAAAGGUGGGCAAUCGUGCCCACUCACUCUGGAACGGAUUAGAGUGAGGAAGGGGUUCGGUAUGUGUGCUGUCAAGCGUUGGCGGUGGAGGCCGGAUGUGGCGCCACGUGGCGCUUGGUGCCAGAAGCCCGCUGAACUUCAUCCCGAGGGGAAAUUAGGUGAAGUGACGACGGCUACCACAAGCUUGACGAGCGACGAGUGGAGGCAAUUGGCAGGGGAUAAAAAAUGUAUUUAUGCAUUGGGGGAUAGCUGUAGGAUGAUGGAUCGAGCACAGAUGGUGGGGGCGGUGGAGAACUGCUUGGGAGAGAGAGGUGAUGAUGAUGAUGGUGGUGGCCAGACAAGAUAUGAGGCCUGGAGCUCGAAUGUGGAUUGCAGGCGGUUAUCCGCCUGCAAGGCAGGCGAGGAGGAUCCACCUCCCCGACAUCCUGAUGGAUGCUCUGAUAGCUGUCCUUCCUGUAAUUCUUGCACUUCCCAGAACGAUGGAAAGGGGCAAAUAUCUGAACAGUCUGCUGCUGACUUGGCAGCUGUCAGAAGAGGUUGUAUGACUAACAGAUGCAAUUCCGGAUGGUCGAGCGAAGAGGGUGGAAUAAGAGAAGAAGACGAGGGAAUAAGACAAGAAGAGGGUGGAGUAGGACAAGAAGAGGGUGGAGUAAGACAAGAAGAACAGGGUGGAAAAAGACAAGACGAGGGUGGAAAAAGACAAGAAGAGAGUGGAAACAGACAAGACGAGGGCGGAGAGAGAAAAGAAGAGGGCGAAGGGAGAGAAGGAGAGGGUGGAAAAAGACAAGAAGAGGGUGGAAAAAGUGAGGAAGUAGAUGGGGAGAGAGAAGAAGAGGGUGAAGAAGAAGAAGAAGAAGAAGAAGAUGAUGAUGAUGAGGGUUGGCUUUUCUCUGGAGAAGAUGUGAAGGAGACAUCAGACAUGAUUGAGCUGUUGGAGGAAGCUUCUCGUAACCAUAUUCUAAGUCCGAGGCACUUGGGAUUUGGGCUUGUGACAAAUCGAUCGAUUCUGGCGCAUCUGAACUCAUCGCUUUUGGAGUUCCCUUGGGUGGUGAUCGCGCACGAACAGGGUACGAAGUCGGCGGAGGGGUUCUAUACAAGCUUGGACAAAGUCUCCCAGUGGCUCAACGCACCGAACAUGUUCGUGACGGAGCUUUCAUCGGGGGCCUACGAGAGGGUGUUUCAGAGUGGGAGGGCUUUUCUGGUACUCUUUGUGGAUUGGUCGUCACGAUCGGAAAGUGUACUGAUAGCCAGCUCUCGGGCAAUGAGUGCUGUUCGAUCUGUAGCCUACAGUUACAGCAUGGGCAUGCCUGUCGAUACCGGUGUAGAGGGGGGGGAUGUGGAAGAAGGUGCAAAAGAUGGUAUCGAGACGUCUUCCAGUGAGGGGAAGUCGAUAGAGGAGGAACUACGUACACCCGUCAUUGUAGAAGAGGAGAAUGGGAAUGCGGAGUGCCUGAAGGGGCUGCGAUUAGAAGGAAUGGUUUUUCACUGCGAAACAACGGAGUGUAACAAGGGUGAUAAUGGCAGGCGAUGCUGUGGAGAAGGUGCUCGCCGCUGCAGACAGAAAAGAAAGCGUGGUGAAAGGGCAAUCACGCACAACAACGAUGGUUCGAGUAGCGAUGGUUUGAGUAACAGAGUAGAAGAGAGAGCAGCAGGCACAUCGGAACGUAGUAAUGCAGAGAUGGGCAGGGAGGAGACGGCAGAAGUUGGCGAAUAUGCAUCCGCAUCCCCAACCACAGAAGUAGGGCCCGAGAAGCAGGGAAGGGAGGGUGACGGCACUGUAGGUGCGGAGAAUGUUCUGGUUCACGAAGGCGGACAUGGCAACCCCUUGGAGAGCACUGGCGGGGAAUAUGCCACGGCGUUACGGAAGGCUCAGGAGGUGGGGCCGUUUGUUCAAGAUCUGGUGGAGGGACAUCAAGUCGAGAAUGUGUUCCAUGUGGAGAACGGGAUGAGCCUUUUCGACAUGCUUUCAGCGGAAGAUGGGAUGACCAAAGUUGUGACGAUCGAUGGGAACGGUCAUGUCCACUUCACGGUCCAAAUGCCAGGGAGUAGAAUGCAAGAUGUGGGCCAGGAAUAUGCGGAGAGAGAAGGUUCGCAUGGAGUAAUGGCUGCAGAAUCUGGGAGAACAACGUGCAGAGGGUCAUCGGGAACAAGUGCGCGGGGAGAGGCGUGCGGCGAAGACAAGGAAUUGGGAGACAGGGAGGGCGGUGCGGAGGGAGAAAGCCGUAGUCCUUUGCAGUUUUUCUAUAUGGAUGGGGAAGAGGUGUUGCCGGAGAAGCUUGGUUUACGACCAAUGAUGCCAAGCCUUGCGAUCAUUGAUCCAAUGAAAGAGGCGCACUACUUAUUUCCUGAUGGGAAUGAUAUCAAUGAGUCAUCGGUGAUGGAUUUCUGUGCAGGAGUGAUGGGUGGUAGGAUUCCCCGAAGUAGUCUCGGCCUGCUAAAUCAGGCAUGGAAUUCUCCUAGCUCCCCGCUGGCUGUGCAUGCAGGCGCUCGACACGGUUACUACAGGGAACACUCGGUCCCACGAGUCAACAAGAGGACCUUCGAUAAACUGGCACUGGGUAGAGGGGGGUCUGAUGGAACAGCUGGGGACUCUUCUCAACAGUCUAAUGCAGGCGCACUCGAGAAUGAAAUCAGUGGGAGCAAAGGAGAAGAUAGGUCAUGUGCCAGUGCCCAAUGCAGUGUGCACAAGGACCUUCGGGAUCCGAUGCUCAGUCCAUCUUGUUGCUGGGAAUUGGAUGCACGGGGCCACAACAUUCUUGUGCUAUUCCACGUGUCGUGGUGCGGGUUCUGUCUGAAGAUGGAGCUGCUUUUCCAAGAAGUUAACAUGGCUCUAAGGCUGAGGCGAGAGAAGCUCUUUGGCACAGUGGUUCUGAGCUCUACUGAAGAGGCAUCCAGCCAUGAAGGAGGGCAAGCACUGCACGGAGUGAAUGCUGGCAGCACUUCAAGCAAGGUAGUGAAUCACGAAGCCACGGAGGAAGAGGGCGCGGUGAGGGAUGAUGAUGAUGCUCUGGGAGCGGUAGAAGCGAGGUUUUCAGAAGCAUAUGAAAGUGCUGAGGAGACAGGCGGGAGCGAAUGGCAUGCAUCCACCGGACAGUCCAACCGCGGUGAGCAGGAUCGUUUGGCGUGUUUGCGUUCGGACGAUGAAGGUGUCGAGUGCAGGAUAGAGGAGGCGGAUCGCCUUGAGCUGGAGUCAUCGGAAAUUGUCAAUAGACUGGCUACCGGAGAGGAGGAGGUGUUUGUCGAGGAAGGAGAAGCGGGUUCCCCUACAGAUACUCACACGAUUGCUGGUCACGUCCCAGGCAAGGGAUCUGGCGUCUCCAGCAAAGAUCAUUUGCAGGAGGAGUUGGCUGAAGUUGACAGUGGGCCGCCAGAGGGCAUCUUCGAACAGCAAGCGGGUGACGGAACAGACACGAGCGUGGGGGUGCGUAUGACGCAGGUGGAGGAGGAGAGAGUGAUGCGAAAGGGGAAGAAGGUGAAUCGGAGCAGGACAGCCAGCGGAGAGAAGGAUACCUUGUUGUUGCAAAUGGACUGUGAUGCCAAUGACUGCGCUGAAAUCUUGCAGUCGCUUGGGGAGCCAGUUUCCUUUCCAGUUGUGGUGUUGUACCCGGCGUACAGGAAGCACACUCCUGUCAUUUACAAUGGUCUUCGGAGUGUUUACGGCCUUCUUGAAUUUCUCGAAAGUUACGCCGUCAGGUCAAACGAUGAGUCAAACACUGUUGAUGAGCCUAAAUUUUCCUCGAAUUUCUAAUCGGAAUACGUGUUGUUCUUUCAUGAGGAUUGUGGCCAAUGAUGACCACUUGGUGUUUUUGUUUGCAUUGCUUUUCACAGACUUUCUUACUUCAGCCUCUUUUCCUUGGUUGGUAUUUUCGUGUUCGUGCAAAUGGUUGUCCGUCACUGUUAACCGUGCCCCUCAGUGGCUGUUUAAUCUGACCAAGUUGAAGAAACACUUUGGGCACUGCAUAACAAAGCCUCUUUCUGUGU